AUGGCGUCCCAGCAAGCCUAUCCGGUUCUCCCAAAGAACCUGCUCAUCAUCUCGUUGAAGAUGUACUUCACACCCACCCGUACGCUCGACUACUGCCGGGCCCUGCUCGACCCGAAAAAUGAUAUUGUCCGCCCGGAGAACCGCUCCAAGCUGCUGCUGGCCCUCAUCCCCGACUUUCUGACUGUCUACCCCUGUGCGGAAAUUAUCAAGGCAUGGGAGUCCACUCUACCGAAGGAUGACACCCCUUCACUGCCGGCUCCAUUCCUGCUUGGGGCUCAGGAUUGCUUCUGGGAGCCCCUCGGCGCCUACACCGGAGAAGUCUCGCCGCUGGCGCUCCGCUCGAUGGGGGUGUCCAUUGUCGAACUUGGCCAUGCAGAACGCCGCGCCAUCUUUGGUGAGACAGAUGACCAGACUGGCCUCAAAGCUGCCGCCGCAUGUGCACAAGGUAUGGUUCCGCUGGUUUGCAUUGGAGAGGUCACCGCUCCCGGCCCCGUAGCCUCGCAAGCCAUUGGGCAGGCCGUCAGCGAAUGCGAGGUCCAGAUCCGGGCUGUCCUCCAGGCCAUCCCGGCGGAGGCACCAGUCAUCUUUGCAUACGAACCAGUAUGGGCAAUUGGGAAGCCCGCUCCGGCGGGUGUAGAUCACAUAUCGGCGGUGGUCGAGGGCAUCAAGGCGGUGAUUGGCACCCGCGUGGGGGACGUCCGGAUCUUGUACGGGGGAAGUGCCGGACCGGGGCUGUGGGGCCCGGGCGGUCUGGGGAAGGCCGUCGACGGUAUGUUCCUGGGCCGAUUCGCCCACGAAGUCGACGGGGUCCGCAAGGUGGUCAGGGAGGUUGAAGAGACGUUGGCCUGA